CGAGCGCCGCAGAGCGGCUGAAGGCGAGGGCCCGGGCCGGCCACUCCCGGGGCUGCGCCGCCCGCACGGACAGAUGCUGCACGGCGCCGCUCCUGCUCCCGGUGAACUUUAUUUUCCUGAAACUGAAGAUUAGCUGAAAAGAUCAAAAUGAUCCUAAAUUCUUCUGCUGAUGAGACUGUUAAAAGAAUCUACAUUGACUGUCCCGUUUCAGGAAGGCACCCCUACAUAUAUAUUAUGGUUCCAACUGUCUACAGCAUCAUCUUUAUUGUAGGCAUAUUUGGAAACAGCUUGGUGGUCAUUGUCAUUUAUUGCUACAUGAAAUUAAAAACUGUAGCCAGCAUAUUUCUGCUGAAUUUAGCUCUGGCUGACUUGUGUUUCUUAAUGACAUUGCCACUGUGGGCAGCCAACACAGCCAUGGAAUACCACUGGCCUUUUGGCAACUGUUUAUGUAAGAUAGCAUCAGCUGCGGUAAGUUUUAACCUGUAUGCCAGUGUGUUUCUACUCACAUGUCUUAGUAUUGACCGUUACCUGGUGAUUGUACAUCCAGUGAAGUCACGUAUUCGGCGCACCAUGCUUGUUGCCAGAAUAACUUGCAUCGUCAUCUGGCUGCUCGCAGGAAUGGCCAGUUUGCCUGUCAUAAUUCACCGUAAUAUAAUUUUUGCUGAGAACAUAAAUAUGACUAUGUGUGUUUUUCGAUAUGAGACCCAUAAUAUAACACUCCCUGUUGGCUUAGGUUUAUCCAAGAAUGUACUGGGCUUUUUUAUUCCCUUCCUAAUCAUUUUAACAAGCUAUACCUUAAUUUGGAAGACCCUGAAGAAAGCUUACCAAAUUCAGAGAAACAAGACCAGAAACGAUGAAAUUUUUAAGAUGAUUGUGGCAAUAGUAUGCUUCUUCUUCUUUUCCUGGAUUCCUCACCAAGUGUUUACCUUCCUGGAUGUGUUAAUUCAGUUGAGUGUAAUAACAGAGUGCAACAUCAUCGAUAUUGUGGAUACAGCUAUGCCUUUUACCAUCUGCAUUGCUUACUUUAACAACUGUAUGAAUCCCUUUUUUUAUGUUUUCUUUGGAAAAAAUUUUAAGAAAUACUUCCUGCAGCUACUAAAAUACAUUCCACCAAAUGUCAGAGCACAUCCAAGUCUAACAACAAAAACGAGCUCCCUCUCCUAUCAACCAUCAGAAAACAUAAGCUUAUCUGCGAAAAAGCCUGUUAUGUCCUUUAAUAUUGAGUGACACUGUUUGCAGUAGGUGUUUUUAAAACCACUUCAUGUAUGAAGUUGCAAGUGACAAAAUUCACUGACAGUC